AUGAGGCAGCAAGCAUCUUUUCCUAACAGGUCACGUCCUCAUCCUGCCUCCGGCGGUCUCUCCUCCCAGCACCAGAAGGGAGCGACUCCAGAGACCUCAGACGAGCGACCGGAGGGCGCCUCCGGCGGUCUCUCCUCCCAGCACCAGAAAGGAGCGACUCCAGAGACCUCAGACGAGCGACCAGACGGCGCCUCCGGCGGUCUCUGCUCCCAGCACCAGAAAGGAGCGCCUCCAGAGACCUCAGACGAGCGACCGGACGGCGUCUCCGGCGGUCUCUCCUCCCAGCAUCAGAAAGGAGCGACUCAAGAGACCUCAGACGAGCGACCGGAGGGCGCCUCCGGCGGUCUCUCCUCCCAGCACCAGAAAGGAGCGACUCCAGAGACCUCAGACGAGCGACCGGAGGGCGCCUCCGGCGGUCUCUCCUCCCAGCACCAGAAAGGAGCGACUCCAGAGACCUCAGACGAGCGACCGGACGGCGCCUCCGGCGGUCUCUCCUCCCAGCACCAGAAAGGAGCGCCUCCAGAGACCUCAGACGAGCGACCGGACGGCGCCUCCGGCGGUCUCUCCUCCCAGGACCAGAAAAAAGCGACUCCAGAGACCUCAGACGAGCGACCGGACGGCGCCUCCGGCGGUCUCUCCUCCCAGCACCAGAAAGGAGCGACUCCAGAGACCUCAGACGAGCGACCGGAGGGCGCCUCCGGCGGUGUCUCGUCCCAGCACCAGAAGGGAGCGACUCCAGAGACCUCAGACGAGCGACCGGAGGGCGCCUCCGGCGGUCUCUCCUCCCAGCACCAGAAAGGAGCGACUCCAGAGGCCUCAGACGAGCGACCGGACGGCGCCUCCGGCGGUCUCUCCUCCCAGCACCAGAAAGGAGCGACUCCAGAGACCUCAGACGAGCGACCGGAGGGCGCCUCCGGCGGUCUCUCCUCCCAGCACCAGAAAGGAGCGACUCCAGAGACCUCAGACGAGCGACCGGAGGGCGCCUCCGGCGGUCUCUCCUCCCAGCACCAGAAAGGAGCGACUCCAGAGACCUCAGACGAGCGACCGGACGUCAGCUUAUAA